AUGAUUUCGACUCAGGUCAAAAAUACCUCAGCCGAAGUCCAACCCCAAGCGUUGGACCAAGCUAAUCCAGACUUGGUGUCAUUCACACCUAGGACCUACGGUGACUGGCGUGACGAGUUCCACAAAAAUGGCUGCGUCGUGAUCAAAAACCUGAUCAGCGCCGAGCGCGCUCAGUAUUACCGCGAGAAGCAGAUCCAGUGGCUGAAAAACUUCGAGCUUGGCUUUGAUGAGAAUGAUGAAGCUACUUGGACGGCAGAACAUCUGCCUGUUAGCUUCAAGGGAGGAAUGUACUUCGCUUACGGCUCUUGCCAUGAAAAAAUGGCUUGGGAAGCCCGCACCGAGCCAGCUGUCAUCGAUAUCUUUGAAAAGCUCUGGGAGACUAAAGAGCUGAUCUGUUCAUUUGAUGGAAUGAACAUUUCACUCCCUCGACGCAAGGAUCUCAACUGGAGUCCAUGGCCACACUGUGACCAGAACCCAGAACGGAAAGGAAUGCAAGCCGUUCAAGGCCUUCUCAAUUACGCCCCCAACGGCCCCAAAGACGGCGGGUUAAUGCUAAUGAAAGGAUCUGCGAAGCUUUUCAACGAGUUCUUCGCCCACAAACGUGAAUCAUUCGACCACGAAGAUGCACCACCACCCGAGAUUAAAUACAUGGAUCUCUUCUUGUUCAGCGAAAAAGAUGUGCAGUGGUUCAAAGACCGUGGCUGUGAGCUAAUCAAGGUGAACAUGGAGCCUGGUGACUUUGUGCUCUGGGAUUCUCGCACAAUGCACUAUGCCUGUCUACCAGAGGGUGACCAGAUUCGACACGUACAGUACAUCUGCAUGACACCUCGACGAUUUGCGACCUCGGAUGCAUUGAAGUUAAAGAAGGAGUGUUUUGAAAACUUUACCGGGACUACUCAUUGGCCUCAUUGCAAUAUCCGUCCUGCGAAGGAGAAGCCUAUGCGUGAUGGGGAGGUUUGCCCAAAGGAUCGGAGUGAGCCUUUUGAGAAGCCUGAGAAGACAGAUGCUGUCUUGAAGUUGGCUGGUGUCAAGGCCUAUUAG